GAUUCAUUCUCUCUACUUUCUCUUUCUCCUGAGAUUCAGUAAAACAAGGAGACAGAGAAGAUAAGAAGAUCAUCGGGGAGUGGCUAGGAGUGGAGAGGUCGGAGGUCAGGCGGUUAGGGAAUGAAUCAGAGUUCAAUUGCACUCAAUAGACAAGGGAAGGUAGACUAGGGAGUGGGGAGGUCAGAGUUCAGGCGACUAGGGAAAUGAAUCAGAGUUCAAUGUACUCAAUAGACAAGGGAAGGUAGAUCUGGUGUCCAUUAUAGAUGUAGAAAAGAGGUGCAGAGAAUGAGAAACUCGAUUAACAGGGAAUGGUUCUCUCAUCUAGUUGUAAGCGAGAAAAAGAAGGGGAAAGAAAGAGAGGUAUAAAUGAUUGGUGAGUGUUCUGCGAUUCACCCCUAGAUAUGGCCUACCUUCCACAUUUUGAAGCCAGAUCUUGGCCAAGCUUUCACACUUCGCAGACUGAGCUCUCCUCCAACACCGAUUCUCUUAGCAUCAGAUUAUUUGGCUGUCACUUUCUCCGAUCUCCACACCAAUGCAGGCCUCAAGUCACUCGAUCAGUUCCUCGGCGGGAAAAACUUACAUCUCUGGUAUUUUUGUUGUCUGUGGCUCAAGGACACAAUCCAGGGAAAGGGAAGAUUUGAUGAAGAAUCUUUUAUAGCAGAAGAAGGUUUGGUUUGAGUGAGGAAGCUGUAAAUGGAAGAAGUCUAUGGGAAGCUGAAGCUUCUAAUGUGGAACUGCCUUGCCAUUUGGGCAAAUUCCAGUGUCUUGAAUAACUUGAGCCUGUGUUGGACGUCGAAGGAUAUAAAAGUAUUCUUAAUUCAAAAGGCAAUGAAGAAGCCUUGGUGGGUAAAAAGCUUUAUUUUUCUUAAGUUGUUGAUCUCCUGCUUUGAUGGAGUUCUCUCUCUCUCUUCUUUUUUCUUUUCAUUGUCUGAAUCUGAUAUGCAGCGGAAUGAGGCGAAGCUGUCUGCUGUUGGAACCAGUGCAUCUCUGGUAGGUCAACACAUCAAAUUGUUGUUUGAAAGCAUUUUUCUUCAGAGUUCAUAACUUUUAUAGAGAAUAGGGAAAGUGAGAUAUAUGAUAGAUGAUUGAUAAAAGCGGUCACCAUAUGGUUUCUACUUCAUUGAUUGGAACCCUCUUUAGAUUGGUGUAGGUGUGAUUAAUGCAUUGAUUAAUCUAUUAAAGGCAUUUGAUCAAUCUUUUGCUUGUGAAGGAAAGAAUGUACCUAUAUUGUCAACAAGUGUUGCUUAUGGUGUUUACACCGCUGUCUCUAGCAACCUCGGGUGAUCAAUAUUGUUUGCAGCAUAUUAUUUGUUUCUGGAAGUCAAGUUUCUAACCUUCAGAUCAACCACAUCUUUUGGGAGGCAAAUGCAGAAGUUCACUCAUACCCAGAGCAGAGAGCAUGUCAGCCGUCUCCUUAUCGAGCUUGAUGUGAUCCGUCUUGAUGGCGGAUUCAUCGGGGACGAAGACGAUGCGUCGCUCCCGCCCCUCGUCCUGCAACUUGAGCGAGAUGCCCCGAACCGGACCCUUGUGGAUGCGCUUCAUGAGAUGGGUCGAGAAUCCGGUAAUCUGGUUGCGAAGGCGCUUGGAAGGGAUUAUGGCAACCUCCUCGAAGUAUAUAUCUUCUUGUUGGUGCGGAAAUCAAGAGUCAUUCCCGAGUAGUAGCGUUCGAUACUUGCCGAGAUGACUUCUUCACCGUCUUGGUACGGAAGCGUCCCAUGGCUGCUCCUGCUGCACUCUGUAAAUGCUGAGUCCUCGCUAAUUUUAUUUCAGUUUCUCUUUCUGGACUAUUUUUUGAGUAGGAGUGGAAUGGAUAAUUGUUCAAUUGAACUGCAAAAAUGAUAAUGGGCCAACUGUCUUGAUUAUUAAGGAUAAUGAAAGAUAUAUAUAUGGGGGUUAUGCUUCCCAGCCUUGGGAGAGGCAUAGGGAUUUCUAUGGAGAUAUGAAGUCUUUUCUCUUUCAGCUCCAUCCAAAGGCAUCUAUAUUCAGACCAACUGGGACCAACAACAAUUUACAAUGGCUUGCUGUGAUUAGUUAAGCCUUGUAGGAAAGCUUUAUAUAUGAUAUCGCUUAGUUGGUGUAUCAAGUCCAGGAUAUUUGUAUUUCAACCUUUCCUUUUCCCCGAUUGGAAUUUUUCUGCAAUUCUUAAGCUCUGUUAUAAUUAGAAGGGCUACUGUAAAAUGGAUCAUUGCUUAUUUGAUAGGCUUAUUAACUGUUCAAACUGGGAGUUAAUUCAAGGGUUUCUCUGUCUGAACUUGGAUGAAAGUGGGUUUGACACUGGAAUAAAAGAAACUUUAAUUC